CGUAAGCGCCUCAACAUCAACGAUAGCAACAGUGUCCACUGCUUGAACGUGGCGCCCUCGACGAUCCCAUGGGACGGAUGGAGUGAUGGUGCACACCAGAGGCGGUUUCCUCAGCCGACAAACCCCAAACACUCCAGAUGAGGGAGGCUGGCUACUAUUGCGCUCUUUCCUUAAACAAUGUCACGGGGCAAUUGGGUCGUGAAGCAUGGAUCCGUGUGCGAACUGGUCAAGCGUGGGCAAGCCGUGGCGGUGUCCCGCCACUUCGAACCAGGUUGCUCGAGAUUGCUGAAAGCUUAUGUGGCAUAGAAGCGCUCGGGCGGGCGCUGUUGUGUUCUGGGGCCUUCCGCUUUCAUGGCGUGUCGCGUGCCAAACCCAGCUUGAUCGCUGAAGUGCAACACAGUGCGCCUGCCUUGCACUCUGCUCAAGUAUUUCCGCUGUAAACAACUGCACAUAAGCAUGUCCUUGAAGAAAACCUGCGCUCCCGCUUGUUUUGCUUUUUGCUGACUUUGCAGGCAUAUCUUUUCGGCCAGCAUCCUAUAAACAUCCUAGACUAGGUACUUGAAUCUAGUUAGCUCCAAAACGCCCAUCUACUCCGUGUUGGAGAGCGAAUUAGGCGCGUUUCGGGCCCAGCACGGAUUGGAUUAACACAACAAGUUCCAUAUGUUGCUGGAGCUGGCAACAUAGUGCAAGCACGGCGCUGGAGCCGUAGCGGGGUGCCCAAUUCAGUUCAAGCGCAAAACUCGCACACCUUGGGUGUGGCAAAAAUGGGUCCCUGGGACCGCUUGGUCGAGAAUAUAUCGUCGCGGCUUGCCUUCUUCCCGCCCACACCGGCGACGUACGCUGUGCGGGAGCACCAGGACGGCACUGGCGAGCAAUUCAUCCAGCCCCUGUCACCAGACGUGCCCAAAGUGCUGCAAUGUAAGGUCCGCGUCAUUCCCGUCCCGGCGCUGAAGCGCGGCGGCGGUGGCACCAGCAUCGUCACCGCCUUCUUCCGUUACGGCAGCCACAGCCGCAGCUCCAACGCCAGCAGCGGCGCCGCCGGCUCGGCCUCUGCGGCCGCCGCCGUGGCGGCGGCCGCCGCCAGCAACCGGCUGACUCUGCUGUACAGCCACGGCAACGCGGUGGACCUCGGACACAUGCUGCCCGUGUACAGGGAGCUGUCGCGGCUGCUCAAGGUGAACGUGAUGGGCUACGACUACAGCGGCUACGGCUGCAGCACCGGCACCCCCACCGUCACCAACACGCUGGCAGACAUCACCGCAGUGCUGGCCUGCCUGCAGGACACGUACGGCAUCCCCGCCGGCCGCGUGGUCCUGUACGGCCAGAGUGUGGGCAGCGGCCCCUCCUGCUACCUGGGCGCGGAGCGGGCGGACUUGGCGGGGGUGGUGCUGCACAGCCCGCUGCUGUCGGGCGUGCGCGUGCUCAAGCCGCACGUGCGCUGGUGGCCCGCCUGGGCGGACGUGUACCCCAACCACACGCUGGCGCCCAAGAUAAAGAGCCCGGUGCUGGUGAUGCACGGCACGGAGGACGAGGUGAUCCACAUCUCCUGCGGCAGGCGGCUUCUGGAGCUGUGCCCCAACAAGGCCACGCCGCUGUGGGCCGCCGGCUACGGCCACCAGGACUUGGAGAUGUGCUCCGGCUACCUGCCCUCGCUGGAGAACUUCCUGGCCAAGGUGGCGGGCCAGCAGUACCUGCACAUGCCAGCGGGGCCAGGCGCAACAGGGCCGGCGGUGGUGGCGCAGCAGCAGCUGCAGCAGCAGGGGCAGGCGGUGGGCGGCGCGCCGGCGCCUGCGGCGCCGGCGGCGGCGGCCGCCGCUGCUGCGCAGCAGCGGUUAGCGGCGGUGGGGUCUGGGCCGUCGGGAGCGUCAGCGGCAGCAGGGGCUGCGGGGGCAGGGUCGGCGGCGGCAACGCCGAAUGGGCUGAAUGGGCAUCAGGCAGCGGCAGGGAAUGGGGCGGCGGGUGGGCUGCCGGCAUCUGCGUCGGGCGGGAGGCGGUCGUAGUGUUAUAGCUGGCAGAGUGCGGUGGAGAUUGAUGGAGAGGCUUUCGCGGACGCGUGAAGACUGAAGAGGCGGGCGAAGAGUGAAGCAGGACGUUCUCGUUGGUGUGUUUUGGCGAUUAGCCAGUUCAUACACUUUUAUUGUGAACAGCGUUCGUGUGCGCACGCGAAUGUACCUUUGCGUGGACACUGUGUGCGUGAGAGCAAACGAGACGUCCAAGCGUGCUUUGAGUCUGGGAGGUUCACGCGCGGAAGCCAUUGUGAGAACCAAGUCACAGGGUGGGGCGAGUGGCGCGUCUGAGAGUGCGGCCGGUAUCGGCGGAUGUACGAGCAAUGGGCUGGGGGGACAUCAGCAAAGAAGAGGGACAUACGGCGUGGACAUAGGGUGGUGCUUUGACCAGGUGCAUUGACUACUGUGUUGGUGUAUCGACGCGGCUGACUGACGGCAUCGCAGGUAGACUGCGGCGUUUGGACGCAUGGGGAUUAGGGAACCUGCAGAUGCAGAGUUUAAGGCUGGUUGCUUACCGCCGUCCACAAAUUGUUCUUGACGCAUUUGACUUGGUGCGGUGGUUGUCAGACGUUAGUACGGACGUACGGUGUAUGUGCCGGGAGGUGUGGGAAUGAAUCGGGCCCUGUUUGGUUGCGGCCGGGCUGCCGUCGUGAGGGCUGGUCUUCCACAAAGGUUUGGCACAGGACAGGACGAACUUAAGCCACUGGCGCACCAGGUGCUGCUCAAAACACAUCAAUAAGGAUGCCGCCGGGGGGCGGCGGGAAAUGUGGUGGGUGGACAGGUGAAUUUCAGGUGUGAUGGUGCAAUGGCGCGAAUGGAAGAAACACGCUGCUAUUGUGGGGGUGGUUUGCGGCUUGGCUUGCUGGUGAGCCUGUGUGUUGCCUGGCUUGCCCUUGAUGUUUAGAGCAACAGGCGCGUGGUGCAAUUGUACUGCGGCACAUUGGUUGUCGCACGGCAAUGUCAUAUGAGCAACGCGCUGGCGGAGAUCCUUCCGCAUGCAGGCCACACUGAGCAGCAGGUCCGCGCGGCCGUGCCAGGAUCCAUGCGGGCACACGUCUACAUGAGCCUUAAAUGGAGGAGGAAGGCCUGACGGCGCGAAAGCCUCACAACUCUUUUAGAGUGCCCUGAGUCGUCAACAA